ACGUGAGGUUACUCAUCCUACUUGAAAGAAGGCCAGCAGAGAAUUUCUAGACACUGUGGAUACGGCCGAUUUGCUGACGUAUAAUCUGUGCGCCUCUCCCAACUGCCACAGCUGAUCAGGAUGGAGACGAUACCGCUUCAGCAGGAGACGGAGGAUUAUUCUUUUUUGCCACUUAUUCACGACAUUAUCAAAUGGUGUGAAACAUUUGAUGUUCUACGCAUGGAUAAAGAUAGCCCAGACGUCCACCAGGAACUGAACAAGCUAAAGACGAAGAUCCAGGAGACAAGGGAGCAGAUUCUGGCCAUGCCAGGCAUCGAGACUAACCUGGAGCAGCAACAGCAACAGCUACAGACACUUACAGAACAAGUGCACACGAAAAAUCAGCUGUUGCACAAGUACAAAGGCCUGUGCAUGUUUGACAUCCCGAAGGCUUAAAGGAGAGCAGACCUUCAACCAAAAUGUUGUCAGGGCAAGGACUGAACAAUUACAGCUGUUUUGCGGAAACGGUUGCUUCGGGGCUAAUUAAGUUGUUGGAGAUGCUGGCCAAAGUGGUUGAUGUCAGGGUUUGGUUAACACCUGAACUGUGAUUGGUAGAGAUGACCUAUGGGCAUGGCGCGUUUUGGCUAUUUGUUAUCCCCCAAAUUCCUCAAUCCGCACUAAAUACAGGUGUACUUGGUGAUCAAUCCGCACUAAAUACAGGUGUACUUGGUGAUCCUGUGGAGAUUCUAGGGCAGACGCCACUACUAGCUGGCCUGGUAAUCCAUCCCUGGCCAGAGUGUGUAGUUGGGUAAUCCAUCCCUGGCAGAGUGUGGAGUUGUAGACCAGUGUUUGCCCUUUUCCCCUCCUCCUCGGCUGCUGUCGUAGGGCUUUCUAGAGAAGGCUGCAUUGUUACUUCAUUGGCCUCUUUACCCGGGGCGUUCCGGGCGCUGACUCUGCCCUCUUAUUUUACGUAACGAUUAUUUAUGAGCUUACAGCACAAAUAAACAAAUAUGCUGCACUCUCUUGGAGGACUGUUCCCUUUCAUGUACUCCUUAGAUGCCUCACGUUUCAUGAUGCCAUGGUAACAAUUUCUUAAAAAAAAUAAAAAAAGAACAUUCACUCAA